AUGACAGGCUCCAAUAGUAUCGAUUCAUCCAUGCUUUCGGUACAGCAUUCUGAUCACGCGAAAAGAGCAGUUCAACGCCCAGUUGAUGACGCUGCUCUAAUCCUGGAAGCCUGGUCCCAAGGCCUGAUGACCGGUUCACUCGUCAUCAUGGCUGCAGUUACCUAUGCGAACAUGCGACCUGGUGUUUUGCUGCACAAGUUGAUCUUAUUAGAGUUGAUUCUGGCCCUAGCCCACGGAACAUUCAUAUUCGCCCCAGACCCUGCGUACGGGUGGUACCUGGCCAUAUCCGCGAUUGGAUUGAUCAUAUCCUGGUCUUUGCAUAAUGUGAUCGCGUGGAUGAAGAACAGGCCGUUCAUGGGCCGCAAACUUGCGCUCUUCUAUGUCGGCACGAUCAUCCUGGCUCAGCCAUACUGGGCAACCGAGAUUUACGCCAACUUCGCCUAUUUCAACAACAUAAACCUUACUGUUUACGAAAAGAUCCGCCCCUGGGAAGCACUAUUUCGCGAUCCAUGGUGGAUUUAUACAACGUGCAACCUCUUUUGGGUGGUCAAGACACACUACAACUUUGGCAUUCUCGAGUUAGUACGCGAAUGCCCUCGAUUCGGGCUCAUGCUGGGCUCAAUGUGUCUCUCCAUUGUCUUCAUUGCCCUCGACGUUAUCAGCGUGACUGGAGCACUCAGGUCCGCCAUGCCGCUGGGCAUCAACCCUUUUUGGAAAGUGUGCUCCCCUUCAUUCUCCGCGGGAAGUAUUUUGAUUCCUCUUGUGUCCAGGGCUGACGGGUGGUGUAUCCUUCAGCUAUGCUUUAUGUUCAAGUGCCUGUGCGAUACCAUUAUCCUGGACGAUUUCAAGACUGCGCUUGACAAGCUUAGUGCUAGAUGGUUUGUGAGGCAAGGGAUUCACGGAACCCAUCCACUAGGUUAG